AGUGAGCAAAGGAAAAGAAGGGGGAAGAAGGCAGGGAAAACAGCUCAGCUAAAAGAGAGAAAAACACACAAGGGUGAGGGCUUAUGAUUUUGUUAGAGAGAGAGUGGUUAAGUGCAUAAACACACGGAGAAAGACAGAAAAAAAUACAAAGAAGAAAAUUCUGUCAGACAUUGAAGGAAGAUAGAGAAAACAGAGGGGAAGUAGAAGUGUGAUAGAUAUAAGGAGGAAGAUAUAAGUUUUGUUGCUGUGCUGGGAACAUGCCUCUUAAUGGGAAGGUGGCUCUUGUGACCGGGGGUGCUCAGGGCAUUGGGAGAGCCGUGGUCCAGUCACUACUGCAGAGUUCAGCCAAGGUGGCCGUGAUCGACCUGAACAAGACAUGUGGUGAAGAGAGAAAGGCAGAGCUCGAUGCCAAGUUUGGAGAGGGCAACUGCUACUUUAUUCCAUGCGACGUGUCCAAUGGAGACGCACUGAGAGAUGCAUUCCAGAGCACAGUAAACCAAUUUGGUCGUCUGGACAUCGUUAUCAACAAUGCCGGCAUCAACAAUGAAAAGAACUGGGAGAAGACCAUUCAAGUUAACCUGACCUCUGUGAUAAAAGGAACCUACUUGGCACUUGAACACAUGAGUAAAGAGUACAGCAAGGAAGGAGGCACCGUUAUCAAUGUAUCCUCAAUGGCAGCCUUCCUGCACUCUCCUCAUCAGCCUGUCUACACUGCUACUAAACAUGGAGUCAUUGGCUUCUCUAGAGCAAUUGCAGAUGCGUCCUCUCAGGGCGACUACGGCGUUCGUAUCAACGUCCUGUGUCCGGCCUUUGUUGACACUCCUCUGCUGCAAUCAGUGGAACAUGAGGACAACAUGGGCAAGUUUUUCAAGUUCAAGGAGGAUUUCAAACGCAGCAUGGAUAAAUUUGGAGUUUUACAGCCUUCAUUGAUAGCGGAGGGCAUGAUGAGGUUGAUUAUGGACACCACUCUGAAUGGAGCCGUGAUGAAGAUCACCUGCUCAAAAGGAAUCCACUUCCACACGUACGAACCCAUGUCUGCUUGAUCCUUGAUGUACUGGAUUCUACACUGCUGCUCAGGAAAAGAAUACAGCGUUAUCCUGUCUAUAUACAACCAACCGGAAAAGGGUUCAGGACAUCUGGCUGCUGCUGGACUAAAUAUCAGACCUGCGUCAGCAUCAUUUGGAUUCUACAGGAAAACUAACAUGAACAACAUCUGAUCAUGUAUAAAUAAGCCUACAGAUGUCCAAAUUAAAACAUGAAUUAUAUCCAAAUUAUAGUAAUGUGCUUCUUUUUUUUUUUAAUUUUUUUUUUUUUUUUUUUUGGUUUAUUUGGUAGAGACAAUGCACAUUAAUAAGACAUUUCUGUAAAUGUACAUUUCCAAGAGGCUAUUUUUCAUCUGUAGUCCCUAGACGACUUAACUGUAACAGGUAUUUAAUAGCUUGUUUAUAUGAUUUGUGUAAAAAAGAAAAAAUCAAGCAGCAUUGUUAAAUAUGGUUGAUAUUUGAGUCAUUCAUUGAU